GAGGAGGAGGAGGAGGGGAGAGUCCCGGAUGUUGGCUCGGCAGCCGAGAGAAAGGCGAACGGGAGAAGGCGCAGAGAGAAGCUGAGGAGGGACGCCACGGCAAAAAGGAGGGCACACCGGCGAAGCUACGGCGGCUCCUUUGCACAGGGACGAUAACGUCAAGAGCGCAGGACACCUCCUGGGGAGAGCCCCCCUGCUAGCUGAAGAAGAGGAGGUGGAAGAAAGGGGAGGUGGCAGUUACUCUCAAACUAACCGUCAGGAUUUACAGAGAGAGGGAGAGAGAGAGAGAGAGGGAGCCACCGCCACAGCAGCUUUCACCCAGAGUAAGUGAGCUACACGGGCAUGGAAGUUGAAGUAAGGCCCACGAAAUGGACGACUUUAACGGGGAAGUGAGCCGCACUGAAGUUCUGGGGAUUGAGCCCGAGUUGAUCUACCGAAGACAUUAUGCUGAUGUCUUGAGCUGAGGGGGAGACUUCUUCCUUGACCUGUCAGUCGUCUCCAUUUGUUAUUCCACACCUGGUCCGCUUUCCAUCAACCCGCCGAGCACCAACAGCAACCAACACCACCUCCACGUUUUCCCCACCCCCCCCUUCUGCCCAGCCUGCCGUCACCAUGACGUCGGAGCUGGAGAGCAGCCUGACCUCCAUGGAUUGGCUUCCUCAACUAACCAUGCAGGCGGCCAUCCGCAAGGCGGACGCCCAAAAUGCCCACGGGCCAGGCAUGGGCAAAAAGGGUACCCUUCUGGAUCCUAACACCACAUUGGACCAGGAGGAGGUGCAGCAGCACAAGGACGGCAAGCCGCCCUACAGCUACGCCAGCCUCAUCACGUUUGCCAUCAACAGCUCGCCAAAGAAGAAGAUGACACUCAGCGAGAUCUACCAGUGGAUCUGUGAUAAUUUUCCCUACUACAGGGAGGCGGGCAGUGGUUGGAAGAACUCUAUACGGCACAAUCUGUCAUUGAACAAGUGUUUUCUCAAAGUGCCUCGCUCCAAAGAUGACCCAGGAAAGGGCUCUUACUGGGCCAUCGACACCAACCCAAAGGAGGACGCCUUGCCCACACGGCCAAAGAAGAGGCCGAGAUCUGGAGAGCGGGCUUCUACGCCGUACAGCCUGGAGUCGGAGUCUUUGGGGAUGGAGUGUAUGAUCUCUGGAAGUGCCUCUCCAACGCUGGCAAUCAACACUGUGACUAACAAGGUGGCGUUGUACAAUACAGACCAGGAAGGAAGCGAUAGUCCAAGAAGCAGCCUUAACAACAGCCUGUCUGAUCAGAGUCUGGCCUCCGUCAAUCUCAACAGUGUGGGCAGCGUGCACAGCUAUACACCGGUGACCAGUCACCCGGAGCCCGUGUCCCAGUCUAUGAGCCUCCAGCAGCCCCCGCAAUCCCAGUACAACAUGCCAGACAGGGAUAAGCAGCUCCUGUUCUCUGAAUUUGAAGAUCUCAGUGCCUCCUUCCGCAGCCUUUACAAGUCUGUUUUUGAGCAGUCCUUCAGCCAACAAGGUCUGAUGGGCAUACCGUCAGAUUCCUCCCAGCAGACCCACACCUCCUGCUCCUAUCAGCACUCCCCCAGUGGCACCAUUAGCACUCAGAACAGCCUGUCAAACAACCAACCCAACAGCCACCCCAACAGCCACUCCGCCAACAGUGGCCAGGUGCCCCUGUCCCAUCCUGCCCAAGCCCACCCGGGCCACGGCUCGCCCCACGCACAGCACCUCCCGCAGCAUGGCGGCCCCCACAACCAACACAACCAACACGCCCAGCACAGCCAACACAGUCAGCACCCACAGCACGCUGCGCACUCCCAGCACGGGCAGCACCCAUCGCAGCACCCAUCCCACGGCCAGCACCCACAGCAACACACGCCACAUCCCUCCCAACACACGCAGCACAGCCAGCAUCCUUCCCAACACGGACAGCAGCAUCAGAGCCUCUCCCAUCAGCCCCAUCCUACCCAGCAACAGAUGGCCUGCAACACAGGUUUACUGUCUGACUGGUACCCAAAUCUGGAUGCACUGAAAGAAAGCUGUCGUAUUGCUAGCAGCUAUAACUGGGCUGAUGUCGACCUUUCACCUUUCCAAGGAUUAAGAGAGAGUAUGAGACAAGCGGAGUUGAACAAUUGGUCCCUGGAACCCACCCAGAUCGCGGACCUCUGCUCGUCCAUCAACCAAUUUUUUGCCCGCACCGGUGUAAUCCAACCACAAGGGGCAGUGCAGUCUCCUGUUUGUCAUGGCUCCAUGCACCCCAACAAACCCAGCCAGCACCUCAACACAGGAAAUAUCUACAUGGACUCCAGACAGAGUAUGUCCAUGAUGGGUCCUCCUGGAUAUCCCCACAUGACCCCCAUGAGCACCACAGGACCCACAAUGACAGGACACCAUGCACAGAUGAACCAGCAGCACAUGAUACCUACCAGAAACUUCCAGAUGCAUCGCAUGCCAGCUGAUGACAUCCAGGAUGACUUUGAUUGGGACUCUAUUGUCUAGCCCCUAGACCUCCUUUUGCAAACAAAAGGGAGCGAGGAGAGGAGGUGGAAGCCAGAGGAAGCCAGGCUGAGCUGAAAGGCCGCAGGAGGAGGAGGAGGAGGAGGCCACUUUGGGUGGGAUGCAGAAGAACAUUUGACAAACUUUGGAGAAAGACAGACAGACUUCAGAGUCCUGACAUUUUUACAAAAGCAAAACAUAAUGAGAAAAUGUUACUUUGAAGACAAUCAUAUUUAGUCGGACAUGUUAAAGUGAUUGCUUAUGUACUUGUCUCAAGACAAGUAGAACACAUUCACGUCUAAACCACACGCUCCUCAGCUCCUCAGCCAGCCCUCUCCCAGUCCCUAGCCAGCAGCCUUCCAAAGUCCGAACCCCUCUCCCCCCUCGACCCCCCGCUCCGUAACUGUUAUGUGAUUUGAGCGACGUGUUCAGCUUGUAAUUCUUCUCGUGUUGACAUUGGCCUCAGCUGCCUCUUGGAUGAGUUUAUCUCUCUCUCUCCUUUUUUUUUUUUUUUUAAGAAAAAAACAAACAAACAUUUGUUUUAUUUUUGUUUUUAAGGAACACAGGCCGUCUCUGUGAGUAAUGUGAUGGUGCUCGUUGGUCACUUUUGGGAGAAAGUGGGCCCCACGUUGGCUGAACUGGUGGUAAAGUUAGGUUUACAAUAAGUGAGGUUUUUGAACAGGGUGUUAAAUGUUUAAGCAGGCUUGAUAUUAAACAAACCAAGAGAGACGGCGAGAGACGAAUCACAGAAAGUACUGUGAACUGUCACAGCCAACCAAUGUGAUCAGGCUCACUGCAACAGACUGGUUAUGGGAGUAAAGCAACUUUUUUUUUUUUUCUUCUUAGUUCUCUCAAGCACUUCAAAAUGAGUGAAUAUAAUGAGUGUGAGAAGAAGGUGAAAGCAGGGAAGUCAGACAUUUUAUGUCUUUUUUUUUUAAUUCAUUCAGCCCAAAGUAACUCGAGGUUUAGGUUCUCUGUGUGCAUCAUGUCUGUUAAUAAUUGCUUUACCAAUCAGAAGCUAUUGUAACAUUAAAUACUAAACAAAUCCACAAUUUCAAGCUAGUUUAAAUGUUAAAGUUCAUCAGUUUUAGGUGAGCAGCCUAUUGAUCAGUAAACAAGUCAACGAAAUAAGUAACAAUAAAUUGCAGUACCGAAAUGUUGAAAUGUUCAGCACUCAUGGUCAUCUGAUCUAUUUCAACUUUGAAAUACUGGUUUUGGUAGUCCAGUAUCCGUUGCAAGCAAGUAUUUGUUUAAAUGUACUGUUCAGAUCAGUGUGGUUUGGACUUAUUAAAGCUAUCGUCCAGCAUUUUAAAUAUAAAAUAUGAAGCUACAGACAGGAAAUGAUUAGCUUAGCUUGGCAUGUGGAAAACGGCUCGCCUGGCUGUGUCUAAAUGUAACAAAAUUUGCGUACACGCAAAUUUAAAGCUCACUAACGUGAUAUAUCUUUAACGUUUGUUUAAUCCGUACAAUAACUGAAGAGUAAAAACAACUUAUGGUUUUAUGCGGGGGGCUAAUGUGCUGGACUAUUUCUUGGCCGGUUGCAGUGAUUUCUUGGAGAUACAAUAUGUUAUUUACUGAGCUUUACAGAAAGUAAAUAAAAUAUAAUAUUAUAUAUUAAGAGCUCAGUAACUGGCUUCUGUGUUGUUACUGUUAAACACAGAGCCAGGCUAGCAGUUUCCCACAGUUUUCUGUCUUUGUGCUAAGCUAUGUUAAUUGUGUGCUGGAAGGGGCUUUGCAUUUACUGUGUGCAAUCCAUAUUAUAAUUUAUGCUUGUGACAGUAACAAGUAAAACAUAACGAGAAUGUAUGCAAUUUUGAGAGUAAUGGGCCGAAGCCUCACUGACGUGAAACAUUGCUAUUAAACUAAUAAACUGUAAUAAAAUAAAAAACUAGAAGAAGGGUCUCUCAUCCCAAAGAGAAAAAAAAUCUGGUGUGAAAUCUUCUUACAUUUCGUAAAACUUUGAUUAAUGAUCAAUAGGAUAUGCAUCAGAUGUUGAACUUUCCAUUUGAAAAGGGC